CGAGCACAAUUUCGUGAGGACAACGAUGAUGAACGCAGCCGCGCGGCGCAACGGGUGCACAAUACAGGUGCACAAUGACGACGGCGUCAUCCUCACUUACACGCAGGCGCAGACGAGCGGGAAAAUGAAUGUGGCACAGUUAUGCAACAGGCACGUGCAUGUUUCGUCUCCCCCUCCCCCAGUUAUGCAACAGGCACGUGCAUGUUUCGUCUCCCCCUCCCCCAGUUAUGCAACAGGCACGUGCAUGUUUCGUCUCCCCCUCCCCCAGUUAUGCAACAGGCACGUGCAUGUUUCGUCUCCCCCUCCCCCAGUUAUGCAACAGGCACGUGCAUGUUUCGUCUCCCCCUCCCCCAGUUAUGCAACAGGCACGUGCAUGUUUAGCGCCACGCAACACACACACACACACACAAUCACACACACACACACACAAUCACAGGUGCCACGCCGAGAAGUUGGCACGGCACGAGUAGCUCUGCGGUUCCGUGAGCGGCCAGCGGGCGGUUGCGCUGGACAUUGUGUGCAUGUACGAGCAGCCGCGAUGGCUGACGGUUGAGGAGUCGCGGGAGCUGCUGGAGAAGGAGGCGGUGGCGCUGUCGCACACAAAGGCGGAAAAGGCGCGGAGCAAGGCACGCAAGGAGGCAGAGCAGGAAGAGGAUGAGGAUGAUGAGGAUGGAGAUGAGGAUGGUGAGGAUGAUAAGAAGGACUCCAAGAAGACAGGGAAGAAGAACAACAAGGGCAAGACAAAGGGCAACAAGGUCAGGGGCAACAAGCACAGCAAAGACACCACCAGCACCAACGACGACGAUGCAAAUGGCGAUGAUGACGAGGAUAAGAAGAGCGAAGGCGAUGUGCUGGAAAGUGAGCACGACACAACUCGACGGCCCGUGUGACAUCAUGCAUCUCCUGCGAACAGCAGAGGCGCUUCCCCUCACUCUCCAUGCCCACAG